ACACAACAACAACAACAUCAAUGAUAUGACAAUUUAGACGAGAACUUACAAAUCCACCCGGAUUUAUUCCUAACAAUGGCAUCUUAUUUCGAUGAACAUGGCUGUGAACCAACUGGGGAAACUGGUCCUGAACUAAAUACUCUGCUACGAUGGGCGAGGAUUCUAAUAAAUGAUGUUAGGCAGUAUGCUGAAAGAGAAGGUUUGGAACUCCCACCUGAUAUCAGAAAAGCUCCUCCAGCUUCAAAGGAAUGUGUUGCCAAUUUAAAGGAGACCAACGUUUUAAAAGACAGAUCAGAGAAGUGUCCUAUAUGCCUGCUGCCCUAUCGAAGGGGAGAUGUAACAAAGACUCUACCAUGCACCCAUGAAUUUCACCAGACUUGUAUCCUACCAUGGCUAGGCAAGACCAAUUCCUGUCCCCUAUGUAGACAUGAGUUACCCACAGAUGAUGAAGAUUAUGAGGAAUACAAAAAACACAAAGCACGGGCCAAGCAGAGACAGUUUGAAACGGAGAGCCUUCACAACUCUAUGUACACAUGAUGGAGAAGAAAACAUGAAGAGUUCCGUUCCAAAAUAUGCUACAUCCACAAAACUAGGUUCUGAGAAAAACAAGGGUUUUUAAUUAAUAUGCCUAUUUUGCAAUAUCAGUUUGAAAUGAAACUCAUUCCCAUGGUGUAUUGGGAUGACAUUAUAACUUUAAA